UGUGUACUUCAACUUGUUGAAUAGCAGCACCCUGCCCUCUGCGAGCAGUGUUCAAGGUUCAGGAAGAUAACGAGAGGUGAGUGGCUGACGCAUAGCUCGUGUUUUGUUACCAAAGGCUCAGAUCAUAUUACCGAAGACAGCAGGUUGGGUGAAACCGUAGCUGGAUUCAGAUCGCUGUGGCUCACACAAACCAGGAACUGGAACUAACAAAGGAGUUUUAAAGAAGCUAACGGAGGACAUUCUGUUGUUUUGAGAGAGGCGUUACUAUGGGUGAGAAGACACAACACUGUCUCCUGCUUGUGCUGUGUUUGUCGGGGCUUGUUCAACACUCAGCUGCCUUAAUGUUUUGGUCAGCGGUGGUGGAGAUAAGCUAUGUUAACAGCAACAAUGUGACGGAGGAGAAAGUCUGCGAGUGCGGGAUGUACGGUCGUAACUCUCCUCUGGAAGAAGCCCAAGGGAUAGUGACGCUUCCCAAGGGAGACCCCAAAGGCUGCGGCCUAGAUGACGUCUACAACCGCAGUUUCAGCUCACCGCCCUGGAUAGCCCUGGUUAAAAGAGGCAACUGCACCUUCGCUGAGAAGAUCAAUGCUGCCAAACGCCAAGGGGCAGCCGGUGUGGUCGUGUACAAUGUGGACGACAGUGGGAACAGCACCACUCAGAUGGUACACUCGGAUGCAGAGGGGAUUGUGGCAAUCAUGAUUGGCAACUCACUGGGCAUGAAUAUUGUCAGGCUGGUGAAAGAUGGGACAGAGGUUCAGAUGCUUAUUGAAGUGGGCAACCCUCAUGGACCCUGGAUGGAUGCCUACUGGAUCUAUUUUCUGUCCAUCGCCUUCUUCAUUGUGACGGCAGCCUCCAUCGCCUACUUUGUCUUCAUCUUUGCAAAUCGUGUCUACCGUCUGAGUGUGCACAGACGCUCAGAGAGGAGGCUGAAAAAUGAGGCCAAGAAGGCAAUUGGACGCCUGCAGGUGCGCACCCUCAAAAGAGGGGACGAGGAAACUACUUCUGACUCCCACAUGUGCGCCGUAUGCAUUGAAUCUUACAAGGCAGGCGACGUGGUGACGGUGCUAACAUGCGACCACAUCUUCCAUAAAGCCUGCAUCGAGCCCUGGCUGCUGGAGAGGAGAACCUGUCCCAUGUGUAAGUGCGACAUCCUGAAGGCCCUGGGGGUUGAGGGGGAGAUGGAAGACGAUAUCUCCCCCCAAUCACCAACAGAGGUCACUGUGAUCACAGUCACGGGAGCAGAAAACAUGUAUGAAGUCCCACUGACUGACCCAGCGAGCCCUGACCCAGAGAGACAGCAGUAUCGCUAUGACAACGGGGCCUUCGAGGGAGACUCGGAGGCUGCGAGGGGAUGAACAGCAACAAACCGGGACACAGUCAGAAUCCCUGUGUGAAGCAGAUAUUUUUCCCGGCACACACUGAACCAGCAAUAAUGGAAUCAAGCUAUAGUGUUCCAAUAGAACAAACAAUGUUCAUCUUGCAGUGACAAAAUGCUCCAAAUAAUUUUCCGAAAAAUGAAUACAAGGAUUUAAAAUGAGAAUGAAGCUUGUGUAAUCAGCUUGGAUGUCAUUGAACUUUCUCUGUGUCUGUCUUGGUGCAUGUUUGUACUUACUGGGUGUGUUCAUUAGAAUAGAAAAGCGAGCGGCCAUGCAGCGACACCGGAGUCAAAUUUCUGUUUUGCAUAGUCAACACAGCAGCCUGAUACUGGUCUGAGAGGUGAAGCUGGGAAACCAUUUGAAUGUUUGCUUGAAAAUGAGGCCAAAUGUUUUUUCCAACAGGAAGCUUUUUAGCUCUGAAUCUAACUAACCAUUCAUUGCAUUUUUAAUUGAAUGAAUUCACUUCUCUUAAACCAAUUUCUUUGAAUCAUUUGACCUUUUUUUCGCUCUUGAAAAUGGAGCGUGUUUAUUCUGUUUUUCGUCAUGUUUAGUCAGGUUGUCAGGCUGGAUUUGCAAACACACCCUAAUGAACACACCCUUAACUGGAUAUGCAGCAUGACACACAUUGCACUAAGAUGAGUAUCUGAAAAUCACCUGACAGUCCUGGGGAUCUGUAGAAACAUGUUGAAAUACGAGUUUUCACAUUCAUGCUCAGACUCAUAACCACUAAUGUGAUGAUGAGGCAGUGAAACGACCGUGUUGAAAUGUAGAUGACGCGCUUCCAAACGUGCUUAUGACUGUUUUAUCGAGGGAAAUGAACUUUACGUGUACUCGUCUUUGAAUUUAUUUAAAGUGGGAUUAGUUUACCAACCAUGAAGUUGGAUCUGAUGAUGUAAAGAUGAUACACGUGCAGUCUAUUCCUUUUCUAAACUGCUGCUUUCCAUUUACAAGCACAAGUUUGUUUUGUUUUUUUAGCUGAACGUGUCUUCCAGGUUUCGCCUCCGAAUUAUUUGGAAUGGACUUUACUCAGCCCCUGUGGUCUACCUCUGAACUGUCAAACGGGUUAAAUUUAGGAAUGUGUUUGAGAUUCUUGAAAUUCCCAGAUGACCUGUGUCCCUGGGUAAAUGAUAAACCCAUAGAACUGUUUCAUUACUUUCGUUUGCUGGUGGGGGAUUAUCCUGAUUGUGGUUCUCGAGAUAUUUUUUUUUCUAUAUUGAAUCAUUUUCGCCACUCUUUUACAGAUUCCAGGAGUCUUAAAUUGUUCUGCAAAAAUGGAUUAUUACUGUAUUGCUGUAUUAAAUCACAUUGAUGCUUAUUAGAAUGCAAUAAAUCCCUCAAAGUGAGGUGAACUUUAGAAGCA